AGCUUCCAUACUGAGUGUGUGCUGAAAAAGCAAAACCUUCCAUUAAAUUGUUUCCUGAACCUCAGGAACAUCCCUGUGGGGGAAGAAAAAGAGACAAGGGCUUUUCUUUUACGUCAAAUGGCCUUAGAGAGUUGGCCCAGUUAAAGUUUGCUGCCACACAUGUCAGAGACGUUGUUUGCAAAGGCCAGAGUUUAAGUGGAGAUCUUUUCAGCUGCUCUUCUCCAGGCUGUGCUAAAGCGCUGGAAUCACUGCUGAAGGUAGCCUAUGUGCUGUGAAAGACCACUCCAGCUGAAGACCCCCGCUCUCUUUAGACUGCAGGACUACAUUCAUAACACCUGUAGCCAACCAGACAGAAGGCAGAUGAUGAGUUUGGCCUGCGUUCAGCUGUUCUUUGCUGCCACGUUGUGGACACUGCCGUGCACCGCAACAUCUGUGGCGCUGAGCAGCGCAACUCGGCUGCUUCAUCUCAAAGAUGUUUCUAUGGAGGCCCUGCUGAGGAACAGCAGCGACACCAGCGCGCCUCGAACGCGGCGGAAACGCUUCAUCUCCAGUAAAGACAUGACGGCCAUUCUGGACUAUCACAACCGCGUGCGCUCACAGGUCUUCCCACCCGCGGGAAAUAUGGAAUAUAUGGUGUGGGAUGAGAGACUGGCUAAAUCUGCAGAGUCCUGGGCCGCUCAGUGCAUUUGGGAUCAUGGACCGCCUCAUGUUUUGCGACACAUUGGACAGAACCUGUCCAUCAUCUCUGGAAGAUACAGAUCGAUCAUUGACCUGGUAAGAUCCUGGUAUGAUGAAAGACACUAUUUCUCCUACCCCAACAGAUGCAGUGGCUCUGUCUGCACACACUAUACUCAGAUGGUGUGGGCGACCAGCAAUAAGAUUGGGUGUGCUAUCAGAAGAUGUCCAAACAUGUAUGUUUUUGGGAGUAUGUGGAAACGGGCCACCUUUCUGGUUUGCAACUAUUCUAUCAAGGGGAACUGGGUUGGAGAGGCUCCAUAUAAGACAGGGAAACCAUGCUCUGCGUGUCCCUCAAGUUAUGGAGGAUCAUGCAAUAAAAACCAGUGUGACUCCAGACCAAAAUCCAGAAGAAAUGCAAGCGGUGUUAGAGGCUAACAGAUAAAAAAAA